UCGAACCUUUCCCCCAGCUCUUUACCUCUAUCUCUCCCUUCUUUCUCUCUGUCUCUUAUUUGCUUGCUGUUUAAGUAGAAUGUGUUUUUGUUGCCCUUAAGGCUAGUCAGCUUUCACAGAAAAGGUCAGUCCAAACACAGUGCCCAGGACAGGAGGUGAAAGAGACCAGAUCAGAGGCUGACCUUCCCUCCACCCUCACACACGUACACCCACCCACACACUCUCAGUCCAGCAGAGCAGUUCCUCGUGGAGGGGUCACCGUGCUCAGGCACUUCUCUGAACAUACUCAUACGCAGAUGCUCCUACACAUAUUCCCGUGGAGGCUAUAGUAUUAAGGAGCCGUUUUUAGGAGGUUCUUCUGGACGCAGAGCUGCUGGAAAACGUCAAUAACAAAACAUCAGAAAUGGACUUCACUGGCAUGGUGGACAUCAUCUGAAGAGUUUUUGCUGGUGUGAUUACACCCGCUGAGGGUACUUGCUCUAUUAUAAGACACAUAUUGGAGUUGAAGGCUGUUGGGAGGACCGGAGUGGAGAUCAUGUCUCCGUUUUUGAGGAUUGGGUUUUCCAGUUUUGAAAUGGACCCUGGGCUAGCCUACCAUGAGGAGGUGCUCAACCCGUACUGCGCCGUCUACAUGAAAGAGGCCGUGGAGACAGAAAAGGGUCAGGUGUAUAAGCAGAAGCGUCCCACCAUGUACCCGCCAUGGAGCAGCACAUUUGAUGCCCACGUCCACAGAGGCAGAGUGAUGCAUGUGGUGGUCAAAGACAAAACAGCUGAGCUGAAGACCGAGGCCACCGUCCAGCUGGACACGCUCGCAUCUCGCUGCAAGAAAGAGAACGGCAAACUGGAGAUAUGGGUGGAACUGAAGCCUCAAGGUCGUCUGCUGAUGGAAGCACGAUAUUUCUUAGAGAGAAGUGAUGCGGGUCAUGGUGAGGCAGAUGCAGAGACCGAGCGUGAAAGAGAGGGAGUGUUUGCGCUGCAUCAGCGACGUGGGGCGAUAAAACAGGCCAAAGUUCAUGUGGUGAAGUGCCAUGAGUUCACGGCUACAUUCUUCCCACAGCCCACCUUCUGCUCUGUCUGCAAAGAAUUUGUCUGGGGGCUGAAUAAACAAGGAUAUCAGUGCCGACAGUGCAAUGCUGCCAUCCAUAAGAAGUGCAUUGACAAAGUGAUCGCCAAAUGCACCGGCUCUGCCAUUAACAGUAAAGAAACCAUGAUCCAUAAAGAGCGCUUUAAGAUCGACAUGCCUCAUAGGUUUAAGGUCUAUAACUAUAAAAGCCCAACGUUCUGCGAGCACUGCGGCACGCUUCUCUGGGGUCUGGCCCGACAAGGCCUCAAAUGUGAAGAGUGUGGAAUGAAUGUUCAUCACAAGUGUCAGAAGAAAGUAGCCAACCUCUGUGGGGUCAACCAGAAGCUGAUGGCCGAAGCACUGGCUAUGAUUGAGAGCACACAGCAGGCACGCAGCUAUAAAGAUAGUGAGGUGACUGGGCGUGAGGGGCCAGUAGCUGUUGGUCAGGGGGCAGUGGUCAAAGAAACCUCUGGCUGUUUACCGGUUCAUCCGCUAACUCCUGCUCCACCACUGCCACGCAAAGAGCAUCAGGGCAUAGCGUGGGACGCCCCACUUCAGGGGGACCGGCCGAGCCCCACUGUAGAGCCAGAGCCACUGUACGCUAUCCCACGCAAAGAACACCACCACAAAUUCACCCUCGAUGACUUCAUACUGCACAAGAUGUUGGGAAAAGGCAGCUUUGGCAAGGUGUUUCUAGCAGAGCUGAAGGCCACUGGGCAGUUCUUUGCAGUGAAAGCUCUGAAGAAGGAUGUGGUUCUGAUGGAUGAUGAUGUGGAGUGUACAAUGGUGGAGAGGAGAGUUUUAUCUCUUGCUUGGGAGCAUCCAUUCCUCACACACCUCUACUGCACUUUCCAGACCAAGGAGAAUCUGUUUUUUGUGAUGGAGUAUCUGAAUGGAGGUGAUUUAAUGUUCCACAUCCAGUCCUGCCACAGAUUUGACCUGCCACGCUCCACGUUUUAUGCUGCUGAAAUAAUCUGUGGGCUUCAGUUUCUGCAUUCAAAAGGCAUUGUGUACAGGGAUCUGAAGUUAGAUAAUAUCCUACUGGAUAUCGAUGGUCACAUUAAAAUCGCUGAUUUUGGCAUGUGUAAGGAGAAUAUGCAGGGGGAAGCUCGGACCUCCACCUUCUGCGGAACGCCCGAUUACAUAGCCCCUGAGAUUUUACUUGGGCAGAAAUACGGCACCUCUGUGGACUGGUGGUCUUUUGGGGUCCUUCUUUAUGAAAUGCUGAUUGGUCAGUCACCGUUCCAUGGGCAUGAUGAGGAGGAACUGUUCCAGUCCAUCCGGACAGAUGAUCCAUGUUACCCGCGCUGGCUGACCAGAGACGCACGGGAUAUUCUCAUUAAGUUGUUUGUGCGUGAGCCAGAGCGAAGGCUGGGUGUGAAGGGCAACAUUCGGCAGCAUCCUUUCUUCAGGGACACAGACUGGAAUGCACUGGAGAAGCGGCAGGUGGAGCCCCCUUUCAGGCCUACUGUGAAAUCUCCGAGUGACUGCAGUAACUUUGAUAAGGAGUUCAUUAAUGAAAAGCCUCGGUUGUCCAGCGCAGAUCGCACCCUUAUCAACAGUGUGGACCAGACCAUGUUCAAGAACUUUUCCUUCAUCAACCCGGGCAUGGCUCGCAUUAAGAAUGCCUGAGAUCUACACACACAUACUGAAGAUACUUCAGUGCCAGUCUACUCACACUUUUAGUAGUAAUGCAUUAAAUUUACUUAAUGCAAAUGUGCACAUCAUUCUCAUAUUAAUACAACAUAUUACAUCAACACAGCUGUUGAGUUUGGCAGUGAUUG